AUGUAUGCAUGUACAGUAGUAGCUCGAUUAACCAAGCUUCGAUUAACCGAGGUUUCUGCUAACCAAGCCGUUAUCACUGGUGCCUAUUUUCCUGCAUGCGAUCCGGGCAAAUACAUCUGCGCAGGCAGUUGUCCUGCUCUACCCGAUGGAAUACAACUGAGCGAAGGCAAAGCUGCCAUAUGUCUUCGGGACACCGAGUCGGAUGCCUGCGUUUGUUGGCUUCGCAAUCCAUCCAAACAGCUAAAUACUGUAUUCCAAUGCACAGCAAUUGUGAAUGGCACCGAAUCUCAAGUCUUGUGCCAAGCGCCAAAUUAUUGCUUCCACCCACACCCUGAGCCCACUUGCCUCAUCGUCACCCCUUGUCCUUGCCUGGAGCACAACACUGGAUCUGCCUCAUCUUACUUCGGGUCCUGGAGACCCGUCAAGGCUUUAAUCCUCACGGGGAUCAAAACAGAGGAACAAGAUGAUUCUCCCGUUGAAAAAGUCACAGGAGACAUAAGAGAAUUUAGUUUGAAGCAUUUACUUUUUUUAGUAGCAUUUGUGAUUGCGCCGCUAUUUUGUUGGUGCCUCCUAAAUUUCUUCCACGAAGGCAAGUGUCGAAAGAAAUCCCCUCAGCCCCCACCCGAGGCUCAGCCCAUCCCUACUGCCAGAGGCUCGACGGUGGACAACAUGAACAACGAGGAUGGGGAUCAUCAGCAGACUCCAUCUUGCCCUCUCUCUAUCAGCAGCAGGUCUGCUUCAGUCACUUCACAGAGAGUUAUUCCUCCAGAUGGUGCCCCUACCGCUCCCGAAGAAGUGGCAGUGGUUGUGUGUGCGGCAGCAGAGCCCCAGAACGUGGUCAAGUGGGAGAGUCCCCCUUCUUACUUCGACACGCCGGACAGCAGGGGCCCUGUUGACUAUGGUCCACCACCAUCCUACGAAGAUGCUGUAUUAGGACCAAACGCCAAUGGCCCUCAUUUGUGGCAAACUGUGUAUGUAGUUCCUUCUGGGCCGCAAGAUCAUGUUUGAUCUGUUUACUGCAAAAAUGAAGCAUUUUUCAACAGUCAAGGAAAUGUUCUUUAAAAAAGUGAUUUUCAUACAUUUCAAUUUAGUUGAA